AUGGCUUCCAAGUGGCCAGCACACGAGAUCAGCCAGAUCAACGAGGGAGCGGGAGAGCUUGGCCACACAUACUCAAAACGGCUGCCAAACCGGGAUGCGUCGCGGCGGGGUCCGUAUGCGACGACUCCUUUCCCCACAUUUGGCCCUGCUCACGGUGGCUGCACCGCACUGCACUUUUGCGCAAGCUUGCGGUUUCCAACCUUCAACAUGGCGGGCAUUGAAGUGUCCGUGGAGACAGAAGAGCAGUUCUGGGACGAGCUCCAAGAGAUCGUGUCGGUAGCACAAUGCGACUCGUAUGAGACCAUCGACGACUCCCUCCGCUCCUGGCUCUACCUCGUCUCGACAUGCCGGGACAACUUCCUACACAGCGAGGACGAUGUCGCCAGCUGCUCCCAGAUGCUCAUCGAUAGCCCCAUAUUCUGUGGGCACCAGGACUAUGUCCGGACCCAGAUCAUGUACAGCCUGCUGCAAGAGGACGAUCCGACCACCCUCAACGUCAUCGCGAACUUCCUGCUUCUGGACGGCCGGUCCGACGAGACCACCUUCAAGUCCAUGAUAGACGAGGGCUGUUUCCCAAAGCUGGUGGAGCUGAUAAAGAGCCGCAGGGAUGAUGACCGGAGGCUACACCGACUGCUACUGGAGCUGAUGUAUGAGAUGGGACGCAUCGAGCGCCUGCGGGUCGACGACCUGCUGUGCGUCGACGACGACUUCGUCAUCUACAUGUUCCAGCUGAUCGAGGGCCUCUCGGACGAUGUGAAUGACCCAUACCACUACCCGAUCAUACGAGUCUUGUUGGUGAUGAACGAGCAGUACAUGGUUGCCUCUACUACAGCCGCCGUCGAUGCUUCCUCGCCAGCAGUCCCUAUCACGAACCGGGUCAUCAAAAUACUCAGCAUCCACGGCCCCAGCUUCAGGACCUUCGGAGAGAACAUAAUACUCCUGCUGAACAGGGAGACGGAGACGUCGCUGCAGCUUCUGAUACUGAAGCUGCUCUACUUGCUGUUCACCACCAAGGGCACCUACGAGUACUUCUACACCAACGACCUGCGCGUCCUCCUGGACGUCAUAAUCCGCAACCUCCUGGACCUUCCCGACGAGUCCAUGUCACUGCGGCACACGUACCUCCGCGUGCUGUACCCCCUCCUGGCGCACACCCAGCUGAGCCACCCGCCGCACUACAAGCGCGAGGAAAUCCUCAAGGUGCUGUCUAUCCUGAGCGGCGAGGGCAACAUCCACUUCGCGCCCGCGGACGAGACGACCCUGCGCCUGGUGGACCGCGUGUCCAAGGUCAAGUGGCUAAGUGAGAGCCCCGAGGGCGAGGUCGCCCGCAAGUUCCUGGGCAUCAGCCUGUCGGGCGCCCAAACGCAGAGCAACGUCAGCGUCGUCGACGUCGCGGCCGUCAUGGAGAAGCCGGGCGUCAAGACACCCAGCCGCCGCGCCGCCGGCGACGCCAAGGCCGCGGAGCUGAAGGAGGAGCUGGCGGGGGCCGCGCCGCCGGGGACACACGACGGGGCACCCGCACCUGCGCCGCCGAAGCCGAAGAAGGUCCUACCUGCGGUGCCCAGGCACAGGCACGGAAAGCCUACCACGCCCAUCCUGCCCGAGGUGCUGGUCAAUGGCGGAGGGAACAACAGCGCUGGCGGCAACAACGGCAAUGGCGCGCCGCCCACGAAGAAGCUGCCGCCCAAGACGCCGCCUCCCCGUAGGACGAGAUUGAGGGCCGCCGAGACGUGCAGCGAGGCGCCCCCAGCGCCCCCGGCGGCACCAUCCGCACAGGCAUCGUGA